GAAAGUCUCACGAGACCGGAAGGGACCCUCUCAGGUUUGUUGCUAAUGCUAAUGGCCCCGGAAAGGUAAAGCAACACUCCGAAGAUGGCCGGGGUGUUUGAGGUGGAGGUUGAUGGUGUAGAGCACGACCAUGGAUUGGAGCACCAUGACGAUCCGAAUCAGUUUGAUGUGUCCAAGCUAUCACCAGAGGAGAAAUGGAGGGUGGAGCAUGCAAAAAUGCAUGCCAAACACAAAGGCCACGAGGCCAUGCACGCGGAGAUGGUGCUGAUCCUCAUUGUCACCCUGGUCGUCGCCCAGCUCGUCCUCGUGCAGUGGAAGCAGAGACAUCCAAAGUCUUACAAUCUGGUGACUCUGUUCCAGAUGUGGGUAGUUCCUCUCUACUUUACUACCAAACUUCACUGGUGGAGGUUCCUGACCACAUGGUUUAUCUUCUCUGUCAUCACAGCAUAUAUCUCCUUCCGCGCCACUCGCAAGCCGCUGUCCUGCACCACACCAAGGUUGGUGUAUAAGUGGUUCCUCCUCCUGUACAAGAUCAGCUAUUCCACGGGAAUAGUAGGCUACAGUGUGGUCAUGUUUACACUUUUUGGUAUAAACCUAAUAUUCAGGAUAAAGCCAGAGGAUGCUAUGGACUUUGGCGUUUCAUUGCUCUUCUAUGGGCUGUAUUACGGGGUGCUAGGAAGGGACUUUGCAGAGAUGUGUGCAGACUUCAUGGCUUCAACCGUUGGGUACUACAGUGCAUCAGGCAUGCCAACCAAGCACCUCUCCGACAAUAUCUGUGCCGUGUGCGGUCAGCCAAUCCUCGUAGAUGUCAGUGAGGAAGGGAUUAUUGAGAACACGUACAGAUUAUCCUGCAACCAUGUGUUCCAUGAGUUCUGCAUAAGAGGAUGGUGCAUCGUUGGAAAGAAGCAGAUGUGCCCGUACUGUAAAGAAAAGGUGGAUCUGAAGAGGAUGUUCAGUAACCCCUGGGAAAGGCCACAUGUCAUGUAUGGACAACUUUUGGACUGGCUUCGGUACUUGGUGGCCUGGCAGCCCGUUAUCAUUGGAUUUGUGCAAGGCAUCAACUACGUCCUGGGUCUGGAGUGACCUGGCUGAAAUGGACAUACAUGCCAUGCAGAGAAGAUAUGCACUGGCUCUAAAGACUGAGGGCCUAACACUGAACUAAAACACCCAAUUUAAAAAAAAAAAAAAGUGUCUAUACUUUUUGUAUAUCUUUAUAGGCACAUAUCUGUAUUUACGGUUUAUUUGAAUUUCCAUUAGUUAUCUGAAUUUGGAUGUCAGUCUCCCAGGAUUUCCUCCACAUUGUUAAUGAUUGGUUUGUGCAUCUAAUGGCCUAGUAAAGCGGCUCUCCAAAUCGGUUAGAGAGGAGCUUUUUACUAAUUGAUGUCUUAAAAGUGUUUGUUAUUACUUAGUUAAAGGAUCAUGCUGGUAUUGGUCAUUGACAUGUUUGAAGGUCAUAACACAUGAGUAAUAAAUAAUGAAUGGAAACCAA